AUGCUGAGCGAAGACAGGAUUCGCACCUCAUCUCGUCGUGAGAUGGAAAUCAUUACGAAGAGGUUCUACUCGAACCUUUUCGGUUCAUCAACUCCUGUGUCAAGCUCGAUUACCCCCACUGGUGAAGCUCCACCACGGAUUCUCCCUUCGGAAGUACGAGUCGCUAUCAAGAGCAUGAAACCUGGCGCAGCCCCCGGACCUGAUUUUAUAUCAGUAGACUUUCUUCGGGCUGGUGGCCAUCCACUUCAUGUAAUCUUAGCAGCGCACAUGACUUCCUAA